AUGCAGAAACUUCCCGUAACAGCUCUUGCCUCUGCAUCUUCGCGUCCAACUCCUACGCAUAUUGCGACCUCCGAUGCAGUUGAUGUAGACGAAUCGAGUACAUCUAGUUUGCUACACUUACUCGAAGUCUCAUUUUCUGGUCAGUCUAAUCUUACCUGUCUUGGAAAUGAAAACAUUUGCGGUCAGUUUGGAUAUUCUGACCAGAUUCCCAGCGACACUGAUGUUUGCAUCGGACCUGUAGCUGAAACAUGCAGACCCCAGAACCUUUUCUCUGAUAUUGUAAACGAUCAGCAUCGCUUUCGAAUGGAGGCCAACGAGGGCUGUUCAAAGUUAGAGUUAGUAAGCUCUUCGCAGUGUGGAUCUAAUGAGCAUACAGAAGCCCUGAUAAAAUUUGGUUAA